AUGCUCUGGCGUCGCUCCCGUCUCACCUAUGACCCGAAGCAAUUCCCUAACUACCGCCCUUGCCCCGAAACCGGUUCCGAGCGCCUCAUCAAGGAGUGUCCGAAUGUAUUUCAUUUCAUUGCCUUCACAAUCGGAUUUCAGAUUUCUAUUUUCAGUAUCAUUCUGGAGUGGUUCUGUAUGAUGCUUCGCAGUCCCCUUCAGUACUCCAGGCACAACGAUUGGAUCCUCGACCACUACAAGGCAAGCCCUACUGCUUCUCACAUGCUCUGGGGAGCCUUCAUCACUGCCUGGUCUUCUCACUUCAUGUUCCGUAUCGGAAAAGCAGUUUGUAAGGUGAUUAUUGAUGCCUAUGACGAUCCUGUGUGGGCUCUUUACAAGAUCUGGGAUCUCGGAGUAUACUCGCAGUUCUUUCUUAUCCGCACCAUCUUUUUCAUCCUGACUACCAUCUUCAACUUCGUUUGCUUUUGGGCUAUAUUCCUCUUCAACAUGUCGACAUACUCAUUCGUCGUCUCCCUCGCCCUGCUCGGCGCUGUUGCCAUGUGGCAGCUACACUAUUACUUUUUCGUGUACAGUCCUGAAGUCACUGAAGAGGUCUCAUACCAUUCCCCUGAGAAAGAAGUUCUUUCUACACCGGACAAACCAGUAUCUCUCAAAGCCAUACAAAAGCUUCAUGACGAAGGAGUCUUCGUCCCAGAACCCACUAGAGUACCCGACUACUCUUAUCUGGAACCCUUCGCUGGAAAACGCCCUACCAACUUCAGCCGCUAUGAUGCAAAGAGGCACUUCCGAAGAGUUAGAGAAAUCGAGAGGAAGAAAGGCAUAAUAUCAAACAGCCCUGACCCUUAUAAAGAUGAUCCUCCCUCUCCUACCGUUAUUACAAAGACCGCGUGGAUUUAUUCCGAGAUGGAUGCUGUCAACCGACGGCUUCGAUUCAUCACAGAAGAUGUCACCGAGAUGAACAUGCUGGUUAACAUCUUCAGAGAAAAAGGCAGCGUCCGGUCUCUUCCCGACGCUUCACACGCGAUACCAUUGUCGCCCCGAACCCAACGGCGAAACGCAACUCUCGCUGAGAAAGAUCGCAUCGGAGAAGUCGUUAUUGAUUAUACACGUGAGAUCGACUCCCUCUCAUUCCGUGUCUUCAGUCACAAAACCCGCACUGAAGAGGCGCUGAAACGCAUCGAUCGUCUGGUUGCCCAUGCAGGCGAUGCCGCUUCCCGCGCGAUUCGUAAAGAGGUGGAAGAUUGCAGAAGCCGUGUUGAUUUCGCGUUCGAGGGCGCGGAAGCGGCAGUUAUGAGCUCUAGUAGAAUUGCAGACCUUUGCAUUGAUCGAAAAGUGAAACUGGAGGCCCAAGCCAACAAGUUACGUCGUAUGGACCGAACUCAGGCUAGGCAUCCUAACAUUUCAAUCAUUGAUGACUACUAUGGUUGA